AUGAAGCUCCAAGCAGCCCUGUUGGUGGCCCUUCUCGGCCUCACCACUGCGGACCCGACUUGGCCCGCUGAUACGGAUGAGCUCGAGGAGAUUAUGUUCCAGACGACGAGCACUCGCUCCCGCAAGUUUGCUGAUUCCGUCUCCCCUUGCACCAACCAGGCAUCCGGCCCCGGCCGUCACAACGCUGCCGAGUGGCUCCGCACCGCUUUUCAUGACAUGGCCACCGCCAACACGGCCCGCGGUACUGGUGGUAUCGACGCUUCCCUCCAGUACGAGCUCAACAACGGCGAGAACACUGGUCCCGGGUUCGGCACGACCCUCACCUUCAUGAGCCCCUACAUGACCAAGAAGAGUUCCAUGGCCGACCUCAUUGCCCUCGGCGUCUACAUAUCCGUAAGAGCGUGCGGCGGCCCCGCCGUUCCCUUCCGCGCCGGCAGGAGAGAUGCCACGACCGCCGGGCCCGUGGGCGUACCACAACCGCAGAACGCCAUCAGUAUCUUCCGGACGCAGUUUGACCGCAUGGGCUUCUCGCCACAAGAGAUGAUUCAGGUGACCGCUUGUGGCCAUACCAUCGGCGGCGUGCACUCGGCCGAGUUUCCAGAUAUCAUUCCGGCGGGCACCGCAACGAACGGGCAGAUCCCCCUGGACUCGAGCGUCGCCAUCUUUGACAACAAGAUCGUCACCGAGUACCUCGAUGGCACGACCCAGAACCCGCUCGUCGUGGGCCGCGCCGUCGGCCUCAACAAGCACUCCGACUUCAAGGUGUACAGCUCGGAUCGCAAUGUCACCAUGCAGGCCAUGGCCUCGGCUGCCGCCUUCAACGACGUCUGCAAGACGGUGCUGCAGAAGAUGAUCGACGUCGUGCCUCCCAGUGUCACCCUAACGGCACCUCUGGAGCCGUACCAAAUCAAGCCCGUCGGCCUGCAGCUGACGCUCUCUACGCAAGGCACCGUCAUCGAGCUGACAGGGUUCAUCCGCAUCCGCACCACCAAUGUGCCACUUACCUCUAUUGCAGGCCUGACCAUCGAUUACAAGGCACGCAACGGCGGCAACGACUGCGGAUCAAGCGGCUGCUCAUUUCCUCUCACUGUCCAAGGCGUCGGCCGCGGCCUCGACGACUCGUUCGCGUGGUUUCCCAUUGCCCGCAAUGUACCGCUCGCUAGUGGCAUCUCGUCUUUCACCGUCACAGUCCGCCGCACCGAUGGCACAAACACAGUCUACGACAACAAUGGCGCCUCGUAUCCCAUCCAGGACGCCGUCUUUCUGCAACGCUAUCAGAGCUGCCUUCUGCAGUCGUCCGGCGUGACAACUCUCACAGCCGCAGUCCGCAACGACCGCGCUGAACUGCCCGUCCGCGCCAUCAUAUCCUACAAGACAACCCAGACCGGCAGCGUCGUGCCUGCCCUCAAUACCCUGAUGCUCGACCUGACCCGCGGCCCUUGCAUCGGCCCCUACACACUAUUUUCGGUAUCGACCACCAUACCUGGCGGCCGGAGCGUUGAGGCUACUUUUGACAUUCUCAGCGGCGACCGCGUCGAUGCCUUCAAGAAGGCCAAUAUUCUCGGCGGGACAUGUCAGUCUCGGCCUGUCAGUAACGUCUGCAGCACACCAGCCAUUACCUCCGUCGUGCCUUCGGCCACCUCUACCACCAUGACGACAAUAUCCUCGCCCACGCCUUCGAUAUACCGCCGCCAAACGAUGGGCCCUUAUACCCUUGUCUCCUGCUGGUCCGAGCCUCCUGCCGCCCGCGCCCUGACUGGCGCCUCCUUCGCCUAUGACGGCAUGACUCUCGAGUCCUGCUUAUCCAACUGCACAGGCUUCAACUACUGGGGUACUGAAUACGGCCGCGAGUGCUACUGCGGCGACGCCCUUCACUCUGGGAGCGCGGCGGCACCACUUGCGGACUGCGGCAUGCCUUGCUCCGGCGAUGGGACGCAAUACUGCGGAGGCGGCAACAGGAUCGAGCUUUACCGGACAACAGCCACAAAGACAAGCACGAGUACAACCGCCGCCCCUGGGCCGACGCGUGUGCCGAGUGUACGCGGAUUCGUGCGUGUGGGAUGUCAGACAGACAAUACGGGCGCCAGGGCUCUGAGUGGCGCCACGACAGCAGGAGAUGAUAUGACACUGGACAAGUGUGCUGCUUUCUGCUCCGCAUUCACCUACUUUGGCACGGAGUAUGGCAGAGAAUGCUGGUGUGGCAAUGCUCUUGACUCGCUGAGCAGUCCCGCGCCCGUAGACGAGUGCAACAUGAGGUGUGCAGGGGACCCUCUUCAGUUCUGCGGCGACGGGAACCGUCUCGAGCUGUACCGGGCAAGUGCCGCAUCGUCAGCACCGCUCGCAAGUUCAACCGCCGCCACGACGGGCGGCGCUGAGUCCAGCGUCAGCCUGAGCGAGGCCACGUCUUCGGCAGCGCCCCCGAGCUCGCUCCCCUCUAGCAGCGGCAGGGCCGUAUCAUCACCCAGCGCGUCUUCAUCGAAUACUCCAUCACCCACCGGCCCUGCGCCCGUUCCGACAGUUUCGCCCUUCACACUCGUCGGCUGCCAGACAGAAGCGACGUCUGUCCCGCGUGCCCUGUCGGCAAAGUCGACGACGUCCAACUCGAUGACCCUGGCCGACUGCGCUGCGUUCUGUACGGGUUACCGCUACUUCGGCACAGAGUACGCGGCCGAGUGCUACUGCGGUAAUUCUCUCCAUGCCUCCUCCUCCGUCGCGCCCCUCGAUGACUGCGCCAUGCCGUGCGCCGGCGACCCGCUCACGCACUGCGGCGGGCCCAACCGCCUCACCCUCUACGAGGACCCGGCACGCGCCUCGACGCCGCCUCGCGAACCCCGCCAGCCUGCAUUUGCGGGCGACUUUGUCUGGUUUGGGUGCCGCACCGAACCGACGGGGGCCCGCGCGCUGUCGGGCAAGGAGCGCGCGGCGGACGACAUGACGAAUGAGUCGUGCGCUGCGUUUUGUGAGGGGUUCGCCAUGUUCGGCACCGAGUACGGGCGCGAGUGCUUCUGCGGCGACGAGCUGCACGCCGGGGCCACCGAGGCGCCCGAGGAGCAGUGUAGCAUGCUCUGCGCGGGGGCGGACGACGAAUUCUGCGGUAACGGCAACAGGCUCUCCGUGUAUGUGAGGCAGGAGGACGAGGCAUGA